AUGGCGCCAGCAAGGCCUAUACUGCUCCGGUUCGAAAGCCGGAAUGGCCAAUUCAGGUUAACGGUGAACCCGACAGACGAAUUUCCAUCCCUUUUGCCAAAGGUGCUGGAUAACCUUCCCAAGAAUACCGCUCCCCCGUCUAUCGUACUUUCGAACAAGCCUAUAGGGACUGGAGGACAGGAAAGAAAUAUAUCCACCCUGAAGGGGGUUACUAUCCAACGGGUUGGACUAUCCCACGGAGACAAGCUUUUUAUUGGUUAUGAAGAAGAGACCGCGGUGGUAAACGGCAGCUCGAGUGAGCAUCCUUCUUCUAUCUCUAAAUCGCAGAAUGCACCCCGUCGCCUGGACGGUGUCGCAGUGCGGCAACAGGAACAAGCUCCCCCUGUCCCAACACCAACGUCCGAGACCCUUAUUAAGAAUCCGUGGGAGGCUGUUAAGCAGUCACCCCUCGAUGAUCGAUUGGAUCGAAAAGACGGAAAAAUAAGUCGUGGCCUUGAUCACAAAAUGUGCAGACAUGGACCGAAAGGCAUGUGCGACUAUUGCAUGCCCUUGGAGCCAUAUGCACCCGAGUAUCUUGCGGAGAAGAAGAUAAAACACCUCUCGUUUCAUUCAUAUCUUCGGAAGAUAAAUUCGUCUACCAAUAAGCCGGAAUUAAAGAGCUCCUAUAUACCGCCUCUCUCAGAGCCUGACUACAGGGUGAAACGAGACUGCCCAUCCGGUCAUCCUGCUUGGCCAGAGGGCAUUUGCACCAAGUGCCAACCCAGCGCAAUCACGCUGCAGCCCCAGCCAUUCCGUAUGGUCGACCAUGUUGAGUUUUCUUCCCCUGAUCUCAUUAAUUCUUUAUUGGAUUUCUGGCGAAAAUCUGGAACUCAACGACUCGGCUUUUUAUACGGAACAUACGAGGAGUACACCGAGGUCCCACUUGGAAUAAAAGCUGUCGUCCAAGCAAUCUAUGAACCACCACAAGUGGGUGAAGUAGAUGGCGUGACGCUCCAUGAAUGGGGUAACGAGAAAGACGUUGAUGAGGUUGCCAAAUUUUGCGGUCUGGAGAAGAUCGGUGUUAUUUUCACAGACCUCCUGGACGCCGGAGCUGGGGAUGAAAUCGUUUUUGCGGCACAGCUGCAAGCAAGAUACCCCAAAGCAACGAAAUGGAGUGAAACGGGCCGGUUUGGAUCGAAUUUUGUCACAUGUGUGCUUAGCGGAGAUGAAGACGGUGCAAUUUCGAUUAGUGCAUACCAAGCAUCUAACUCCGCAGUUGAAAUGGUGAAAGCAGAUAUAAUUGAACCUUCUGCAGAUCCCGGCGUUAUGCUCGUGCAACAGGAAAACCACUCUGAUGACGAUGCGAGCAAAGCCCGGUACAUCCCUGAGGUGUUCUACCGCAAGGUCAACGAGUAUGGCGCCAACGUCCAGGAAAAUGCGAAACCAAGUUUCCCCGUCGAAUACCUCCUUGUCACUUUAACCCAUGGGUUCCCAACUGAUCCUGAUGUUAUGUUUAACAAUUCGACUUUCCCAAUUGAAAACCGUGAGGUCAUUGGGGAGAGCCAGGAUUUGAGAAUGUUGGCUGAUAAGCUUGUAUCACACGGCGAUCCUAACAAGACGAUAUGUGGUGUAUCGGACUUCCAUCUCCUUUGCUUCCUCAAUAGUCUCGGGAUCUUAAAUAAGGACGAAGAAUUUCUUUUGUGCACCGUUGCGCGAUCUCACGAUACCGCUGAUGGCAUGCAAUUAAUUAACACAUCCGGCUGGGCCACCUUGGUUACAAUCCUUCAGGAGAGCGGUGAGCGGCCCCCCAAGCGUUCUUGGCCCUUCCAGUCACAAACAUUUAUUUCUUCCCAUCAACGUUCAAAACAUCCACAAGCCCCCAAGUCGGAACAUCCCCAAUCGGAUAGUGAACAGCUUGCUAAGAGGUUUAAGGGGGCUAGCUUAGGAUAG